AUGGCGAAAUUCGCGAGCCUUUGCGCGGCAAUAAUUGCGUUUGUCUCCCUGUUGGCGCUCCUCACUCCCGCUCAAUCUCUCGUGCCCUACACGCGCCCCCAAUCCAUCUUUGACCUCGUGUUCCCAGCCGAGGACCCUUUCCGGAUCCUGGAGCACUCCCCGCUCUCGAUCCCCAGGGUCCCCGACGACGGCGGCGCCCUGGCCCUCGCUCGGGCGGACUGGCGGGAGACGCCGGCGGCGCACGAGAUCUCGCUGGACAUCCCCGGGAUGAAGAGGGAAGACAUCAGGAUCGAGGUGGAGGAGAACAGGGUGCUGCGGGUGAGCGGCGAACGGCGGACGGAGGAAGAGGUGAAGGACGAGCGGUGGCACAGGGUGGAGCGCACCGCCGGGAAGUUCUGGCGGCAGUUCAGGCUGCCGGCGGAUGCGGAUAUGGAGAAGGUGAGCGCGCGCCUCGAGGACGGCGUGCUGAGGAUCAGCGUCCCCAAGCUGGCGGAGAAGGAGAAGAAGGAACCGAAAGUGAUUAGUAUUGAGGAGAAGGGGAACAAUGAUGGGGUUGUUAAGCCGACCAAGCAGGAACUUUAG